UGUACCGCUGACAUCUUAGACGCUCACAGCGCCCUACCGUGGUUGGACAAAAUGGCGGAAUCAAUUUGUCAAGACAAAUUUACAUGAUGCACUACAGUGACGCCUAAUUUGUGUAAUGAGUUUGAUCGGAAGAACAAGAUAGUAUUUAUUUCAAGGUAUUUAAGGUCGGAAAGUGUCGGUAUUCUCCGAGACCUUACGUUUCAUUCCGACAGUGACGUCACGGAAUUGCUAGAAAGCAACAUCGGAGCGGGAAUGAGGUUGUAAUGGCGAAAAUUCACUGUCAUUCUUUACUUUCUGGGAGCUCAUGGAGUUCCUUCGAAGAAAAUUCGCCUUUGGACGAACCAGAAGCAAUGGAAGUGGACGAAAACAAUGGUUUAGGUUCUCCAGAAGCCACGCGAUUGCACCGAGAAGAUAUGACCCUUUUCGGGAUUUGCCCAGAGCAAGAGGAAAUCGUCCUCGUCGUUUGCAAAGAGUGUGGCAGAGUUGUGAAAGCACCGGCAUUUUUACGGCAUUGCGAGCUACAUCAUCAGAAAGUUAUUCCUGUUCCGACCCCUUCCUCUCCUGAGUUGGUGACAACGUCAAGCGCAAUGGUUGAGACAAUAUUACAGACAGGAUCAAGAAAAGGAAAACCUCACGACUCUGUCAUCACAAACCAGAAGGUCGAACUAAUGGAUGUCACGGUGAAGAUAGAAGAAAUGCCUUUGACUGUUCCUUGUCUGAAUCAUGGCUUCUCUUCCCCUGUUGUUAAGACAGAAACUCUGAAUAAUGUAAUAGCAAAGAAAAGUCCUAAUGAAAAAGUCACCAGCAAUAAAAAAUCUCCCAGGAAACAGAUUCCCACAAGAGACGCAUGCCCUCUCACUGAGAAGAGCAGUUCCUGGAAGACGGAAACCUUUUGAUGAACUCCUGGCAGAGCACAAAGCGCGAGUAAACUGUGAAAAAGAACAACAACAGAAUCAAGCUCUCAAGCUGCAAGAGCAGGCAGCAAAUCAAAAGCCACUGGAUGCUACUCGAAAAAGAACAUCGAGUUCCUCAGACUCUCCUGUUUCGUCAUCUACUAGCUCAAGUACUAAAACGCAUAUUGGAAGGUCUCUUUCUGUUGAAGAUGAAAACAACCUUGUGAAUAAAGUUGUGAAAGGUUCUUCUGAUGGCACCAUUGAAAAUGGUGAUAGCAGCACGAAAUCAUCUGGUUUGACAACCCUUAAUCGUCAUCCCAAACCUAUGGCGUCUUGUCAUUUUGGCACAAGAGCAGUAGGCAAAGGAGGUUACGUCUUUAAUCGCAGAAGUGACCAUCUUCGAUGUGCUGUUCUUUCUAUGGUAGAAAGAUAUCUGAAUCCAUCAUUGCCAAGGCAUAAGUCAAACAGAGCAAGUGCUGCCAUCCUUCAAAGACCAACAAUGAAAACAGUAGGACAGUCAUCUAAUCAAGGUUUCUCUUCAGUUCUGGAUAGGUACAAAAGCCACACCAAUAAAUCAUUGAACAAUUUUCUCAAAGCUCCACCCCCUCCUAGAAAUAAAUCAUUUAAACAAGUUAGUUCUGGACAAGCAAUUAAUCACAUGGACAAUGGUUUAAAUUCCUCAAGGAGUUCUGUAUUCCAAGGAUCUACAUUGCAAAGCAAGAGACCCUAUUUAGACUCUAUUGGUUCAGUGAAUUCAAAUAGCUUGGGAUCAACCACAUACAUCAAACCUGACGCUAGUAGCCAGGCGAUCAGUGAUAUGGGAAAUAUUGUCGCAAGCAUCGAAACUAAUGUGUCGGGUGGACACCCUCUUAGUCUUGGGCACCCACUAGGAGUAAUGGUUACGAAGUCAUCAGUGGGCCCAGGGCCGAGUUUAAGUGUCAGCGGAAAUGCAAACCCAGACUCGAGUUUAAAUCUGUGCUCAGCACUUGGGAUAAAUUCAGGUGCUGCGCAGGGAUCUAUUUCGACUACACAGACUACUUUUGUUGCAAGUAAUGGUAUAUCCAUAAUGUCAGGGGCUAGCGGAGCUCAGUUGUCUGGCAUAAAUACUGUGACUGGUCCACUACAGCCUGGAUUAACAAAUGUAAAAGAAAUUUUGCCAGCCCCUAUGGUGGGAGGAAAGGUUGCAGUCGGUACGGUGUCUUCAACAUCCACAUCAUCGCCAUUGUAUAAAGCGAUGAAAGCACAAGUGGAUCCCUCAAUUGGGCAAGUGACAUCAAGCUCUGCUGGUCAGAGUGUCAGCCCAGUAUUCCUUAAACAGGGUACUGGUGCUGUGCAAGUUACUUCCAUGCCCAAUGGCACAGGUCCCUCCCCACCCCCAUCAGGUGGAACAGUCAAAACCUACCCCAUGAAUUUUGUUAUCAAGGGUAACUCAGCAACCCAGGGCACAUCUACAUCAGUCACGGGAGUAACUGCAACACCUGCCAAUUUAAACAAAGGAAAGAAUUUGAUAUUUAAUAACAUGGGAUCCAUGCAUCAGUCACAGUUUAUAGUGCAGCCAUCUUCACCCAUGAGUCCAAAUAUGCAUCAGAGAGGUAAAGUUGCAAAUGCUCGCUCAGGAUCUAUACAUAAGGGAAUCCAAAAAGUGCCCUCCCCGUCAUCACAAGCUAAAGUUGUGCAGUCACCUCCAUCUCAACAACCAAUCACGACACAGCAACAAAAGACAGUGGUUGUUACAAGUCCACAGGGAAACCAAACCAAAGUUUUUAUCAAUCAUAACAAUAUUACAAGUUCACAACCAAUUGUACAACUUACGCAACAGGUUGCACAGCAACAGAUGACAUUUCAGAAACAAAUACAACAGCAGCAACAACAACAGCAACAACAACAACAGCAGCAGCAGCAGCAUCUUCAGCAACAAAAACCACAUAUCAACCCGCAGUUCAUCAAACAACAUCCUAUACAACCUCGCAUAGCGCCUGCGCCACCAUCACAGUCAUUCAUCUCACAACAGCCCUUAACGGGUCAGAAAAUCAUUGUUAAAGUUACAGAACAACUCAAGAGUCCACCAAGCACAGUGUUUGCAACUACAGAACCUCAUCAAAACAUGCAGCACACGGUCUGCCAAAAACCACAGUCAAAUGUUGUGUGAUAAGUCAAUUUAUAUUAUAUUAUUUCAAAACUUGGAUGAAGUGAAUGUGAAAGGAUCAUAAAAUUAAGAACCUCUACAGGUCGGUGUUCUGCCUCUCUUUUUUUGCUACCACAGAAUUAACCUGUGCCAGGCUCUCAAUGAAGAUGAAUGAUCAGGCCAAAGAAAGUUGAAGGGUCUGGGAAGCAGUGACAUGGAAGAAGGCAUUCCUCCUAUCCCACCCUCUACUUAGUCUUCCUCAUUUUUUCCUUCUGUUUGCUGUGCUUUUUUGUUAAUUUCCAUAAACUGACUGCAAGCUACUGCAGUUAUGGUCAAAUACCCAAAAAAACCAGGGAGUUUUAUAUGGUGUUCAUGGAACAAAAUCAGGUCAUUUUACCAGGUGUUCAUUCAGAGACCCUUACAAUUGUGUCUUUUGUAUAAUGGUGGAUGAAAUGAGUAGUUGUUGGAAUUCCGUGGUCAUUAGUAUGAUCCUAUGACCUUUUCCAGCAGAUUAUGUAAGUUUUUGUGAAAACUAGUUGUGUUUUAGUGAAAAAGAAAGAAAACAUACGUUCCAGAGUGUCAAAAAAAUGAUAUUUAUAAAUUCAAGUGUUGUAACAUAGUAUGUUUCUCUGGGAAAUGUGUUAUUUAAAGAGUUUAUUCCAUUACAUUGUUAGCUAGAUAGGGUUAAAAUUCAAAUUUAUCAAGAAACACUAAGUCAGAGUAAUUUCUAGUAACAACCUUUCAAACUCAAAUGAGCUUGAUUUCACAAUGUAGUCAUAAAGAUGCAUAAUUAGUUGCACCCCUUUCCAAAGCCAUUUUUAAGAAGUGAAUAGCAGUUUUUAUAAUACUGAAUAAUCUUAGUACACUUGAAGAUGCAAUGGUUGGAUGCUUCACUGUGCUUUGCCGUGAAGGCAACUGAUCAUCAAACCAAAAGCUAUCAUAAAAUUAUGAAUAUGAAAUAAUCUUCAGUGGUUAAAAGUUUGGUUGCUGUAUCUCUGGGAACUAUGAGAUCCUCUGGCUUGCCAUGAAUUUUAUUACAUUGUGUGUUGCUACUUUUCCUUGUCGUUUCUCUGGAAUUUCUAUUUGAUAAUCUGACCAUAUUUUUGUGCUGUGAUCCUUUGGGUUUUUAACUGACUAAUGCACUAGGUGUCCAGAGCCAAGUUCACUUCUUUCUUGUUACAAAGUUCGGUUAUUUUUAAUUACUGAACAAUUAUUCACUGAAGUGGAGGUGGCUAGGGGUGGACAUUUACCAAGCCACAAAGUGGGGAGGUAAAUGUUUAGCACCAGCCACUGACACAGCCGUGAAUAGUUGGUUUUUUAAGUAUAUACUAAAACAGUGAGUUGAUAUUGCACAAAAAGAUGUUUUAAACUCAUUUGGUCCUGCAACAACUGCAAUAUUUUUUGAAGCCAAAAUCCCAAGCAAGUUGCUCAGAGAUAAAUAGCAAAGGGUAUGCAGAGUUUGAGAAGCCAAUCAGAGUGCACUGUCAGUGCUAUUCACUGUUUUUGUAGAUAACAUUAAUUAUCUCUUGUACUGAACCAGUAUUUUAAAAAAUAAUCUUGACUUCUUGUAAACCUGAGAAGCUAACCAACAUUUUUGUGACUGUUACAAUCACAUCAGUUGUUAAAACUAGUGAAAGUCCUCAGCAUACCUCUCCUAAACUGAACUCUAAGUUACAUUUUAACUUAAAAUCUUUGACUUAAAGUUCACCAUAAGCAUGAUACAUAUGAUUUGAAAGAAGUGGUAUUUCUUACUAUUUCCUUUGAUUUUUGGUGGCUGUCUAUUAAUCAAAUUCAUAGCUAACAAACAGAUGUCUUUUGAUUAUAAUAGCUGAAUGUUUUGUGUUUUCUGUUAAACAUCAAUGGCUACAGUUGUAGUAAGCAAUCUAUAUCUAUUUCAGCUGUAAUGAAAACUUUCCUUUAUCUUUUUGAUGCUAGCUAUUUGCAGUAGGACAUUAAUUUAUUUUAGUUCAAAUUUUCCAGAGUUGCAUUUCAUAUAUUGUGUAUUUGUACAUGGACCAUAGAAGAGCUUCUGAUGCAAAACUAUAUUUUGUGGGGAAAUAAGAAAUUAUAUAAGUUAUAACACCAAGAAUCAUCCUUAAAAAAUGACAGGUUUUCAUAUACAUAAAGAUCUUUUGGUUUAGGGAAGAUCUUGAUGGCUGUAUCUCAUGAGUGAAGUAGCAUGGGAGAUAGCUGGAAUCCAAGCUGAAGACUAUGUACUAGUUAUGUACCAGUAGUUGUGAAGAAUUGAAAUUGUUUAUGGGGACAACUUUUAGAUUAUCACCACAUAUGACCUUGAUAUUGUAUUCUGUGCAAAAAUAUUAGGAUCAGUGUUGGUAUCUGAGCAACUGUGCACCUACUCCUCCCAUAAUGCAACAUUAAUAACCCUAACUUGGUAUCAGUGGACGGUUGUUGUGUUAGCCGUAGGGAAGGGGUGUGUGUGCAGCCACUUAAAUACAUUUACUGAUCCAACCACUGAUUGACAGUCCUUAUAUGAAGACACUCAGCGUAUUAGCGGAAGGUCCUACGAGAUAUCAGGUAAAUCUGAUCCACUAUUUUAUAGAAAAUCCUUCUGGAAAGUUUACAUUGUUUCAUCUUCUUUGUGUACAUGAUUAUAUUCUGUUGAGGUGAUAUUUAAUGCAAGCUGUUUUUACUCUUUAGAAGUGUUAGGUUUGUCUGGUACAAGCUUAACUUUCAACAAACACUUAAAAAUCCAAACAGUGUUCACUAUUUUUUUUUUUUUUUCUUUUUUAAAAUGUUACCAUAUUUUUUGAAGAGUAACCUGGGAUUUGAAAACAUUUUAUAGUGUGGCCUGUCCAUCCCUAGUAAAUAGCCAAGACAUGCAUCAACCACUUUAUGCAAUAUCAGCUUUAACCCACACAGUCUCAACAUAAAUGGACUAAUUCUUGCAGCCUUUAAGAGACAGUUGUGACAAGUUAGGUAUGAGAAUGUAACAAGGUAUCAACCAGGUUUCUGUCAAUGACUUUUCUUUAUUUUAAUUACUUGCCAGCUCAUGAAUGCAGGGCUCUCCUUUAGAGAACAGGGCUCAACACUAACUUUUCAACUGACUAGACACUUGGUUUGUGACAAUUUAGAUGUUUUGACAAUUUCAGUUUGUUUGCUAGCAAAACUUGUUGGUGGAAAUCGAAAACCACCAGCCAAAACUGAAUUUCUACUUGUCUGUGGCUAGUGGGCUACCGUUAGUGUUAAGCCCUGGGAGAAGUUAGCUUUUAACGUCAGUUGGGACUACCAGAGUUAAAUUAAGAUUUGAAAUGGUUCCUCAGUGGAAUGAGUGUUGAGGAUAUAAAUAUAUACAUUCAAGUGAUGGUCUGUGUGCUGUUCUAAUUAACAGUGAAAUGAUAAUUAUUAUUAUUAUUAUUAUUAUUAUUAUUGUAAUUAUGCAAAGUGAAUGAGGCACAUUAAUUUUGUCUGAGACUUACACUAAAUCAAUUUUGUACCUAACUUUUGUAAAUAAAGUAUUUAUAUGUUCAGAGAUCUAUGCAAA